AUGCCGAGAAAAUUAUUAAAAUUUUUAAUUUUAUUCGAUAAUACGAACCUUUUAUAUUUUCCCGGACAAUUUUUAAGCGGAAGAGUAUUAGUAGAAUUGGAAGAAGACACACCUGCAUUGGGCUGGAAAAUAAUGUCGGCAACAAAGGUAAUGAGUAAAUGA